GGUUCCGCGGGGAGGAGGCGAGGGAGGGAGGGCGCUGGGAGGCUGGGACACGGGCAGGGUGCGGUCCUGGCGGUUCCCGGUCCCGGAUCUCUUCAAUUUCCCCUCUCACUCCUGCCCGGGGAGCGGAGGCAGCGGCGGCUCGGGCUCCGGCUCCGGCUCCAGCCCUGCUGACCGCCGGUGCGCAAACCGCGGGGGGCUCCGGCAGCGCCGAGCCCCGCGUCCCGCAAGCGCCCGCUCGCCUGCCAAAACAAACGGCCCUUCGCUAUUUAUUGCCGCCGCCGGGACACGGCAGCUCAGAGCGGGCCGGCACCGGGCAGCCGGAGCGCACCCGCACCGGGCACCCGCCGCCACCACCGGCACCCGCACCGCGCACCCGCCGGGCAUCACCGGCAUCACUGACACCCGCACCGGGUACCCGCACCGGGCACCCGCCAGCACCACCGACAGCCGUACCGGGCAGCCGGAGUGCACCCGCACCGGGCACCCGCCGCCACCACCGGCACCACCGACACCCGCACUGGGCACCCGCCGCGCCGCCGGCACCGGUAGCACCGGCAACACCGGCACCUGCAUGGGGAGCCCCGGGGCGGGCGGCGGGAGCGGCGGCCGAGCGUAGCGGAGCCCCCAGAGCCGCGGUGCCCCGGGGCGGCAGGCGCGCCAUGAAGCCGGCGCGGCUGCUGCUGCUGCUGAGCGGGUGCGCGCUGCUGCUGGCGCCCGCCGUGCGCGGGUGCGGGCCGGGCAGGGUGGUGGGCAGCCGCCGCCGCCCGCCCCGCAAGCUCAUCCCGCUCGCCUACAAGCAGUUCAGCCCCAACGUCCCCGAGAAGACGCUGGGGGCCAGCGGCCGCUACGAGGGCAAGAUCGCGCGCAACUCGGAGCGCUUCAAGGAGCUCACGCCCAACUACAACCCCGACAUCAUCUUCAAGGACGAGGAGAACACCGGCGCCGACCGGCUCAUGACCCAGCGCUGCAAGGACCGCUUGAAUUCCCUGGCCAUCUCUGUCAUGAACCAGUGGCCAGGAGUGAAGCUGCGAGUGACAGAGGGCUGGGACGAGGAUGGGCACCACUCAGAGGAGUCUCUGCAUUAUGAAGGUCGAGCUGUGGACAUCACGACCUCGGACCGGGACCGCAACAAGUAUGGCAUGCUGGCUCGCCUGGCUGUGGAGGCCGGCUUUGACUGGGUCUACUACGAGUCCAAGGCACACAUCCACUGCUCCGUCAAGUCAGAGCACUCGGCAGCUGCGAAGACAGGGGGCUGCUUCCCUGGGCGGGCACUGGCAACUCUGGAGAAUGGUGCCCGGACACCACUGUGGGCGCUGCGCCCGGGCCAGCGAGUGCUAGCAAUGGAUGGGGCAGGCAGGCCCACCUACAGCGACUUCUUGGCUUUCCUCGACAAGGAGCCCCGUGCCCUCACCUCCUUCCACGUCAUCGAGACACGGGAGCCGCCCCGGCGCCUGACUCUAACGCCCACCCACCUGCUCUUCGUGGCUGAGAACGCCUCUGCGCCCGCCACACAAUUCCACCCCACCUUUGCCAGCCAUGUGCGCCCUGGACAUUUUGUGCUGGUGGCGGUGGGGGAAAGUGGCUUGCAGCCUGCUGAGGUGGUGAGGGUGUGGGACCGGAGGGAUGUGGGAGCCUACGCCCCACUGACACGCCACGGGACACUGGUGGUGGAUGGUGUGGUGGCCUCAUGCUUUGCCCUGGUGCAGGAGCAACAUCUCGCGCAGCUGGCCUUCUGGCCAUUCCGGCUCUAUCACAGCCUGGUGGGAUGGUCGGGGGUGCAGGGGGAUGGUGUGCACUGGUACUCAGGGCUGCUCUACCGUCUAGGUAGGCUGCUCCUGCCCCCCGACAGCUUCCACCCUCUGGGGGUGCCCUGGGCAGAGAGCUGAGGGUGCAUCCCAGCUGGCACUGCUGGUGGAGGUGGUGGCUGCAGGGCAGCUCACUGGGGGCCAGCACCCCCUCCCAAAGUUGGAUGCCCAUGGGGAGCUGCCUCUGGCCUUGCCUGCUCCAGGAUAGCCACCUCCCAGUUGAGGGGCACCGGAGCUCCCCAGUGUGCCUCCUCCAUGCCCACAGCCCCCUCCUUAUCCCCUGUUCCUGGGGGCAGUGGGAAGGCAUGAAGGGCAUCCACCCUGGUCAUGGAGGUGCCCCCGGCUGGACCCACAUGCUGCUAUUCAUGAGUGUGUGUGUGUGAUGUGUGUGUGCGUGUUGCAGAUUAGCUGAUGGAGAUCUGAUAGAGGAGAGGAGAGGAGAGGAGAGGAGAGGAGAGGAGAGGAGAGGAGAGGAGAGGAGAGGAGAGGAGAGGAGAGGAGAGGAGAGGAGAGGAGAGGAGAGGGAGUCACUCCAGGAGUCACCCAGCCUGGCUGCACCCAGUGGGGGUGCUCUAGGAGAGGGACUUCAGGGCCCUUUGCUGGUAGGCUGGGCAGGAAGGCAGGAGAUGUCAUUCCCGCCUCUGGGACAUGGCAGCUGGGAGGAGAGUGACGCUGGUCCUGAGACUUGCCCUUAGUCCUGACUUUGGGUGCAGGGGGGCACCCAAAACCAGCAUCUGUAUACCUGAGUAGGGUUGGAAGGGCCAGCAUGGCUCUGGCACAAGACCUGUGACUCGAUGUCACAGGUGCCACUGGAGUGAGAGGCUGGAGAACAGGACCCCAAUCUCUGCCCAAAGCCAGCACCGUAGCCACCUGGCUGGGCAUGCCUGUGGGGACACUGUGACAGCACAGGGGGCUCUAGUUGGCAUGAGGGGAAAGCAGAUGUGCAGGCAGGAGAGUGUGAGUGCCAGCCAGUCAUCGGCAUGCACUGGUGGGAGCAGGAGUGAGAACAGCAGAGGGGAGGAAAGUGGCUGGGGAGAAAGCACUCCCUCCCUUGCUUUUCUGGCAUCCCAUCCUGAGCUGGCUCAGCCCAAAACCAUGCCUUUCCCACUUCAAAGUUAAAAAACCCUCCCCACUCUCCAGACCCUGCCUGGCCUGACCUCCCCAGCCCUCCAGCACCCCAAACCCUCAGGGUAACUUGUUGCUGCUCACCUGCUCUUGGAACCAAGGGGGGGCCCCAUCAUAGCUGCAGCCACAGUCAUCCCCCCAAAUCCUACCUAGAGCCUCAACCUCCCCUAGCUCCACAUUAGCAGAGAUGAGGGGUCUAGGGGGGAGAGCUGUGACCCACAUCCACGCUGCAGCAUCACGCGUCUUUAUUUAUUUAUCUGCUUUUUGUAUGUACCAUAGAUGGGAAGCAGCGUGGGCAUGUGCGGGGUGAGAUGGGAGCGGGUGGGGGGCAAAACUGUUUGGUUGGGGGGAUUUUUUUUUUUUUAAAAAAAAAAAAGCAGAAAUUAUUUAAAGAUUAUUUUAAAGCACCGUUUUUAUGGUGAUUGUCGUCCAG